AUGCUAGCCAGAGGCCGCCGCGGCUGAGCCUUUGGGUGGGGGCGCCGGCCAAGUUGGGCUUCGUUGCGCGCCGUCGGGCUUGCAGCGCAGGGGCUGGGCGGGCCGGGGCGUCGGGCUCGGCGGCGUCGGCUGCCUAUGAAGGACUCCCUGCCGGGCUCGUCGUCGGCCGGAGCUGGGCAGGAGGCGGCGGCGGCGGCGGGGCGCGCCAUGGACGGCGUUGGCGUUGGCGUCGGCGUGUCCCCCUGGUCGCGGGGCUGCUCGUCGCCGGCGCUGGAGAAGAGCGCGGCGGAGCUGACGGUGAUGGACGUGUACGACCUGGCCUCGCUGGUGGGCCAGGAGUUCGAGCGCCUCAUCGACGCGCACGGCUGCGAGGCGGUCGGCCGCCUGAUGCCCAAGGUGGUGCGCGUCCUGGAGCUGCUCGAGGGGCUGGCCGGCCGCAACCACCUCAACCCCGAGCUCGACGAGCUCCGCCUCGAGCUCGACCGCCUCCGCCUCGAGCGGGCCGACCGCAUCGAGAAGGAGAGGAAGCACCAGAAGGAGCUGGAGCUGGUGGAAGAUGUGUGGCGAGGGGAGGCCCAAGACCUCCUCACCCAGAUCGCUCAGCUGCAGGAGGAAAACAAGCAGCUGCUGACCAACCUCUCCCACAAAGAUGUCAAUUUCUCGGAGGAAGAGUUCCAGAAACAUGAAGGUAUGUCGGAAAGGGAAAGGCAAGUGAUGAAGAAGCUGAAGGAAGUGGUCGAUAAACAGAGGGAUGAAAUCAGAGCCAGGGACCGGGAGCUUGGGCUGAAGAAUGAGGAUGUGGAAGCGCUUCAGCAGCAACAAAACCGGCUGAUGAAAAUCAAUCACGACCUCCGGCACCGGAUCACCGUGGUGGAGGCUCAAGGGAAAGCCCUGAUUGAGCAGAAAGUGGAGCUGGAGGCGUAUCUGCAGACCAAGGAGCAGGAGAUGGCGGCGCUCCGGGCGGAGCUGGGCAAGCUGCGAGAGAAAGCCCCGGGGGAGCCCAGCCAGAACGGAGAAGACGCUCCGGCAGAAGAACCAAACAACGAGGAAUACAUCUCGGAAUCGGAAAAGACAGCCAUGGAUUUGAAAGACCCAAACCGGCCCAGGUUUACUUUACAGGAGCUGCGCGAUGUUCUGCACGAGAGAAACGAACUGAAGUCUAAAGUCUUCCUGCUCCAAGAAGAACUUUUGUAUUAUAAGAGCGAGGAGGCUGAUGAAGAAACAAGAUCCCCUCAACCUACACCCGUCAUUCACGCAAAACCCUCCGCCCAGCCAGAAUCCGGAAUCAAACGGCUGUUUAGCUUCUUUUCCCGGGACAAGAAACGGAUGCAAGCCACGCAGAGGAACGCCUCCUUCCAGGAUUCCUUUGGCCAGUGGGCCGACGCGAACAAAGACGACAUGUACACCGAACAAGGUCUGGAAGCCCUGCAGCAUCUGUGACCGGAACAAAACGACGGUUUGGUCGCUUUGCUAACAAAACGUGGAGAAACUCGCCUAGCAGAGAGCGGCCCACGGAUACGUUCCCCCCCCCCAACUCCCUCGCCUUACACAUCGUGAUUGGCAUUAAAGAGCUUAUUUCCGGGCCGAUUUCCAAAAGGGAUCCCUUAGCGUUUACUUCCAGCUGCCGAAAAGCAAGAUUCGGGCAUCCGUCAUGAUGGCUUCGUAUACUCUGGUGUAGCCACACUCCUAGAUCACUGGCUGUGUGUCGAUUUAACAAGCUCGUGGGUGUCUUCUGGGUCUCGUUUUGGGGUUGUUUUUUUUAAUCACUGCAUUAACUGCACUUAACAUUUCCCUUAAACCAAAAAAAAAGAAAGAAAGAAAGAAAACAGAUUUGUGUUGUUACGAAGAACUUGUACCGGCAGUCCGGUUGAAGACUUUCUUUGCCUGAUGGCAGAAGGAGCACCAGAGAUUUCGGUUCAUUCGUUUCUUCUUCUGCUAAUGACCGAUUUAAGGGACUCUGUACUUGUCGGUCUUCUCUGUCAUAGCAGGAGGUUCGUCAAAGUUGUAGCUGACCUCUCCCCCCCCCACACCUCUAGUGGUACCUCCCUUUCGCCAAAGGAAUCCAUUUCAGACAGACGGCCAGUGCAAAUCCUGGAACUGGAUCGGAACAGGCUCGGAACUGUGUAUUUUUGGUUUAUUUAUAGUGCCUAAAGCAUGACCACGUACAGGGUGUGAGGGUGCCUUGCAGUUUUUGCUAUGACUUCUCUGACUUAUUAAUGGAAACUAAACUGUAGAACUUCAUGCUAACCUUUUUAAAAAAUGUAUCCUCGUUA